UUCAUAAAUUAAGGUCAACCAUAAAUGACGGCAUGUAAAUUCACAAUUAAGCUUAAAACCGUUUUAAACAAUAUAUAUUACAAAACAGAACGUUUGGCCACACUGGAAUUAAUUAAGAUACGCAAAAACAAGCAACACUGAGCACAGCGAUAAUGCAACGGCGUGGCAACUCUUAUUGUGAAUGGCAAAACCAACAAAGCAUUAGUUUUUAGGGGAUUUCUAAACGAUCUUCACGUCUUGGUGACGGGGUGCGAUAAUCAUUAUAAAUACUAUUUUAUCCAGCGAAAAAUAUUAGCAUAACUGUGAAAAUGGAUCAAUUGACUGUUAUGAUUACCAUCGUAGCAGUAGCUGCCGCUGCAGUUGCAGCAGUUUAUAAGUCCAUGGCAGCUGCCCAAGAAAGACGACACCAUAACAUUAUGCCCGAAGCUGUGCCUCCCCAACAAUAUCGUAUAGAAAGACGACCCAAUAACCCAGUCAUCAAUGAAAACCGUCCCAGGUGUACCAUAUGCACCGAUGUGAUGACUAAUGAGACAAUGCGUUUCAUGAAUUGUGGCCAUGCAUUUCAUGAUGUUCACUGCUUUGAGGACUAUCGCCAGUCUCGACGUGACUGUCCCUAUUGCGGAAGACUUGUUCUACGACUUGAUUUGCAAGGGGAUUACAGCGCCAUUUGUAAUCAGCCAAUGGAGGAGGAGACUAUGAAGUAUCUCAAAUGCGAGCAUGCCUUUCAUUCAAUUUGUCUAAUAACAGUCAACUGGAACGCGAACCAGAACUGUUCCGUUUGCUCUUAGCAAAUAUAAGUGACUUGCAGAGCUUCAA